GUUAACAUUGUAUGAUCGUUCUUUCGCUAUCCGCUUCUCAACGCCCAUCCCGGUUCAGUUGAAUCGUUAUAAAAAUGUAAAACAGUUAAAUCUGUUGCUCACUGAUACAUUAUUAAAAAGAUUGCAUGUAAGAGCUUUAUGUGAAAGAAUGUGACCUCUCUUUGAUUUGUUGAAUUCCAAAAUUGCGUUGUCACGAAUCUAAUGCCUUGCUAAUGAGAAAAGCUGAUAAAUCAUCAUAUUUUUCGCAAUAAAAUUGGCUACAAUAAGAAAGGAUUGACUUUUGAAAGAUCCACAAUCCGAACUUGCAACAUACAACUUAUCUCGAUGGAAUCGAGAAUCAUGAAAUAAUAAAUUCCCUAAUGCAACUGUUUUGAAAAUUUUAAUUAAGCUAUAAUUUUUAUUAUUUAUUAGUGCAUAUGGGUGAGUAUUGUUACUCACAUAUACAAAGAAAUUUUAUUCUUAUGACCCAUGCUAUAAAACAUUCUUCCAAAAAUUACAUUCAAAAUUUUCUUUUUUGAUUAAAAUAAUGAAGAAACAUCAUUUUUGACAUAUAUGGACAACGGCAUUUAAAUUGUGUCCAUCACGGAAAUUUUAUUGGCAAACUGGAAUUAAAGAGUUGUCUCGUGCUUGUGUUAUACAGAAAAAAAUGUUUCACAAACAGAAUUUUUUCGUUGCCCACUUAAUGAAAAAACCAUAUGGUUGAAAAUUUUGCGAUAUUUUCUCAGCUUCCGAAUUUAAGAAAAGUUUACUGGUGCAUACUAAAGAGAAAACACAUACAUGUGACAUUUGUGGCAAAGAAAUUUUUCAACGGUCACAUUAAAAAAUUCAUUUAAUGUCGCAUAGGAACGAGGAAUCCUACCCUUGCAACUUCUGCAACAAAGUCUUUUCUAUGAUUUCCAAAUUCAAAAGACAUUUACGGACGCAUACACAAGAGAAACUGUUUGCAUGCGAGUUUUGCAAGAAAGCCUUUUCAAGGAAUGAGCUUCUAAAACUACACUUGCGUCUGCAUACGGGAGAGAAACCGUAUACAUGUGAAUUUUGUUGCAAAUCCUUUUCGGAUAGGACGCAUUUCAAAACACAUUUACGGACGCAUACGGGAGAGAAACCAUAUACAUGCGAGUUUUGCGACAAAGCCUUUAGCAGGAAGGGGCAUUUAAAAGUACACUGGCGUCUGCAUACAGGAGAGAAACCGUAUACCUGUGGCAUUUGUAGCAAACAAUUUUCGAAUAAUGGCAGUUUCAAAAGACAUUUACGUACACAUACCGGAGAGAAACCAUAUACAUGUGAGUUUUGUAACAAACCCUUUUCGGAUAACAAGAAUUUGAAAAGACAUUUACGGACGCAUAAACAAGAGGGACUGUUUACUUGCGAGUUUUGCAAGAAAGCUUUUUCCCAGAACGGGCAUUUAAAAGUACAUUUGCGUCUGCAUACGGGAGAGAAACCGUAUGCAUGUGAAUUUUGUUGCAAAUCCUUUUCAGAUAUGACGUGUUUCAAAACACAUUUACUCACGCAUACGGGAGAGAAACCAUAUACAUGUGAGUUUUGCGACAAAGCCUUUAGCAGGAAGGGGCAUUUAAAAGUACACUGGCGUCUGCAUACAGGAGAGAAACCGUAUACCUGUGGUAUUUGUAGCAAACCCUUUACGGAUAAGAGGUAUUUUAAAAGACAUUUAGAUACGCAUACAGGAGAGGAACCGUACACAUGUGAAUUUCGUAACGAACCUUUUUCGGAUAAGGGGAGUUUCAAAAUACAUUUACGAGCACAUACACAAGAGAAACUGUAUACAUGCGAGUUCUGCAAAAAAGCCUUUUCCCGGAACUGGAGUUUAAAAGUCCAUUUGCGUCUGCAUACGGGACAGAAACCGUAUACCUGUGACAUUUGUGACAAAUCCUUUUCGGUUAAGGGGAAUUUCAAAAGACAUUUACUGACGCAUGCGGGCGAGAAGCCAUAUUCAUGUGAAUUUUAUAACAAAUCCUUUUCGGAUCAGGGGACUUUGUAAAGUCAUUUAUGUAAGCAUACGGGGGAGAAACGAGAUUCAUGUGAAUUUUGUGACAAACUCUUUUCGAAUAAUGGGAAUUUCAAAAAAACAUUUACGUACGCAUACGAGAGAGAAACCAUAUAUAUGUGAUUUUUGUAAUAAACCCUUUUCGGAUAAUUGGAGUUUGAAAAGACACUUACGUACGCAUACUUGAGAGAAAACGUAGACAUGUGAAUUUUUAAUAAGACAUAUUCUCAGCAGUCAUAUUUAAAAACUCAUUUACGGACGCAUACGAAUGAUAAAUUCCAUGUUUGGAAAUUUUGUAACAAAGCCUUUACCGCAUCUAGUUUAAAUUUAUAUUUGCGGAUACAUAUGAUAAAGAAACCGUAUGUUUAUGAAAUUUGCAGUGAAGGGUUUUCUGAGCGGCAUGGAUUAAACUUGCAUUUCAUGAUCCAUUUGGAAAAGAAACAGUUUGCAGGCGACAUUUGCAGUAAACCACUUUUUCAGCAUUCUGAUUUAAACAUACAUCUGAGGACGGAUAUGAAUUUGAAACUUAUGGAUAUGACAUCUGUAAAUAUACAUUUUCUUGUAUAUAAAAUUUAACAGUUCACUUUCGAACCCAUACGAAAAAGCAUCCGUAUAUUCAUGUGAAUUUUUUAAUAUAAGAUAUUCUCAUUCCAUUUCUUUAAUGCAUUUGCCAAAUAUCAUAGAAAAUGAAUGAAUAUACAGUUCUGAUGUUGAACGCUUUUUAAUGGGAGAACUUCACUUCAUUUUAAAGAGAAAGACUUAUAAUAAUGAUUUUUUUUAGCAAGUUAAUGAUUCAGAAAACAUGGGCGAAAAAUAAAUAAAUAAAGGCUUUUUAUUUUACUCAAAUAUAUUGAAAUAAUCUCUUCUAGAAAUUCUAUUUUGUAGGACACAAUGCAUGCUCACUGUUAUUAUGCAGGGUAAUUCGAAUAUUUAAAUGAAUAUUUCAACCUUGCAGGGCUUUUGAAGUAAACGAAACAAAGUGAAAUCUUGUUGUUCGUCCGAAAUUAUAAAUAACAAUUAAAAACUUAAGAAAGUAAAUAACUGUUCAUUAGAAGCACCUCCAAAAAUAUGAACAAUAUCAAGACGAUACGAUCACUCAUCCCAUACCCUUGCAGUUUCUCCGAUAUCACGCUUUGAGAGCCUGAAGAUAAGCACGUUUUAAGUUUAUGAACAUCAUUUUUUAACGGGGGGGGGGGG